GGCAAAAGUUUACCUUAUCACAAACCAAAAAAAGGAGCGGUCCACAAGCUUCUUCCAACAGUGGCUUUUCAAUUCCGUGUCCAAACAGUCCCACUGGUGCGAGCGUCAUCGUCUUCAUGGCUUCUCCCGAGAGGAUGAGAAAUCAAAGCUUUUUUUCGCAUGACGAUGACUGUGAUAAUACAGAUGAUGGGUAUGUAUAUGGGUAUGGAUGUGGGUAUGAGCAGCUGCAUCAUCCUCACAACUUGUCUAGGCUCUCUAUGUGCAAUUUGAAUUCCAUGUCGCUUGAUGAAGACGAGGAUGACGCUAAUGGGGUUGGGACGAGCAUUAUGUUGAUUGAGAGCUCGGACGGAGAUGCCGACGAGGAACUGUCUGAUGAUAAGGAGGGGAAGGAAGAACUGGGUGGCCUGUUGUCGGACUCAGACAAGGAACCGGGGUGUUACUCGCUGCCGGCGACGCCGCCGCGGAGGAGGAACCGAGGCGGUUUGUUGAAGGUGGUAGGGGUGAAAGAGUACGCGAGCGAGAACGAAGCUCAGAAGAGUAGUUUGAAACAGAGAAUGAAGAGGAGGAGGGCGAAGGUGGUGAGGGAGAAGCGGGAGGAGAUGACUUGGGAUAAUAGGAAGAAGAAAGAGGAGGAGGGCUACGGCAGCGUCCCCUGCGGUGGAGGCGGAUUCACCAGCUUUAGUGGAGAGAGCGAGGGAGCUGGCUUGGUGGUGAUAACAAGGCCAAAAGGAGGGAGAAGAUCGCUGUGUAUGGACUUGGAGGAAGUGAAAGCCUGUAGAGAUCUGGGGUUCGAGUUGGAACACGAACGCAUGCUGGAGAUACCUACUCGAAUCUCCAUCUCCGGAUCAACCCUCGAGACCAGCAGUGGUGGCAACUCCCCCAUCGCUUCCUGGCGAAUCUCCAGCCCUGGUGACGACCCACGAGACGUGAAGGCCCGGCUCAAGGUAUGGGCACAGGCGGUGGCGCUGGCAUCCACCUCCCGCCACAGCAGCUAGCUAACCCAGUUACAGUUUUCAUUCUAAUGCUUUACUUUUUGUUGUCCCGAUUGUAAAUUUUUUCCCCUUUUUUGCUUCUGUGGGGGUUGAAAGAGGGAAUUUGCGUCUGCAUUGCUUCUUGAUUUCCAUUUCUGAAAGAAGAGAGCCCAUUGAAGGGCUUCUUCUGUAUGUUUUUUUUCCCUUUUUUUCUUUGGGAUCCUCUUUACAUCCCUGCUGUAAAUAUUCCGCCAUGGAUGGAGGAAGAGUACAUGAGCAUAAACUUCAGAAAAGGAAAAAAAAAGAAAAAAAAAGAAAAGAGAGAGUUUGUAAA